GACGGGCAGGGCGACGGGUCGAAGGACGUGCAUCAGGACGCCGAUGGCGACGCCUCGAACGAGGCCACGUCAGGGAUCGCGAAGAAGCUGGAGAUCUACAGGGACCGCCUCAAGGAUCUCGAACAACUCGCGCAGGAGCCCGGCAUGGAGUUCGCGUCGGCAGACGCCCACGUGGCGAAGCUCAAGCAGCAGCUCGAUGACAUCCAGGGUCAGCUGCGCACCGCUGAGAACAAGGAGAAGUCUCUGGCCAGGCCACCAACUUCCAAGGGAUGGGAAUCCGUUUGCGCCCACGUGGAGCUCGCCAAGACGCCCACGGCGGCAGACGGCGAGGAAGGCGAUGCAGAGGUCACCCAGCUGCUGGGGGCAGCCCUCGCGCUCGCUGCGAAGAAGAAGGCGCACGCUGCCGAGAAGACGGCCGCGCCGAUGGAGGGCGACGGGGAUGGCCUCAGCGGCGGCGGCCCGCGCCACAAGCGGCGCGCUGACGCAGGCCCGGAGGAGCAGGGCGAGGACAUCCUCCAGCUCAAGGCCAAGGCCAACCCCCGGCAGAUUGCAGCAGCCCUCAAGCAGCCAGGCGUCAAGGAUUCAGACGUCCAGAAGCAUGGACCGAUGCUGCAUACCAUUCUUGCUGAUAUGGCUGAUGGGCUUAAUUUCGCCAUGCGGAAGUCGAGCCUAUCGAGCUCCAAGCAGCACUCCAUACCCAAGUGGAAGUACCAG